AGGGGUUUCCAGUGUGGGCGGGGCCACGCUGCGGAGCCACAAAACAGGAAGUGCCAGAGUCCUCCGGAGUUUCUGCUCAUUACAGCUGUCACAGAGCGGGACCCUCACCGGUCCCGUGUCCUCCGUCACCUGUCCUCUCACCUGUCCUCUGUCCGACAUGUCCCGGGCCGUGCUGCUGGAUCUGAUUCACGGCUGCUGUCCGACCUGCGCCGGCCCGUCUCUGCUGGAGGAGUCCGCUUCAGAACCUCAUGUGUUUCUGCUGAGCGGGAAGCGUCACCGGGACAACCACCCGUUUCUGAGCUCGUGCAGGAGCGCUCAGGUCCUGGACUCGGACUCCACCGCGGAGUGUUUGUACCGCCUCAAGCAGACCGUGGACCGGCGGGACCUGAGCUCCGUGACGGUUCUCACGACCCCGCAGGGCCGGGAGGUUCUGGUUCGGUACCAGCAGCUGCUUUUCACAGCCGCGUACACGUUCGAUUAUAAAGUGAGGUCAGUGGACAACCUCACCUGUCCGAGCUGCUCAGGCUCCGCCCACACGGGCUCACCUGGUGAAGGAGUCCAAGAAGAAGUGUCCGUGUUUCUGCAGCAGUUACCUGCGCUGAAGGGAGACGUCACGGUGCUGACGUCAACACUGAUCCCAGACUGUUUCGGUCACGGCUUCAGUACUCGUUCAGGCGGUGUGUCCUACGCCCCGACGCUGUCCUCCAUGAAUCUGUUCAGCAGCAGAGGGAGGCGGGACCCCGGGGCCGUGGUGGCGGAGAACAGACGCCGACUGGCCCUCCAUGCCGGGUUUCACCCCAAGCCACUUCACCUGGUCAAGGUGAACCACGGCAGCGACGUGUGGGUUCUGGGGAAAGCUGAGCCCGAGAGCUACGACGGGAUAGUAACCGAUCAGACCGGGGUGGUUGUAGCCGCUCCGGGAGCCGACUGCAUGCCGAUCCUGUUUGCUGAUCCGGUGUCAAAGGUCAUCGGCGCGGCUCACGCAGGUUGGAGAGGAACCCUGAUGGGGGUUGCUAUGGCGACGGUGGAGGCCAUGGUAACAGAGUUCGGGUGCAAGGUGAGCGACAUCGUGGUGGCGGUGGGACCAUCGGUGGGGGCGUGCUGCUUCACCAGGGAAAGAGAGGAGGCGCGGGGCUUCAUCAGCAUCCACCCGGACUGUGUCCCCGACCCAGAGUCCGUCAGACCACAUGUCGACAUCCGCCUCGCCAACAGAAUCCUCCUCCAGAAAGGCGGGAUCCUGCCUGAACACAUCCACGAUGACACGGUGACGGACCGGCCCUCUGUGACGCCCUGCACUUCCUGUCACCCCGAACUCUUCUUCUCCCACGUCAGAGAUGGACCCAACUUCGGCACCCAGGUCGGCUUCCUGUGGAUCAAAGAGACGGCAGAGCAGACCUGACCUGACCUCCAGCAGGAGGGACGUUAGUCUCAGAUACCAGAGGACGGAUUAUCUGGAUAUUAUUAGACAUUAGUCAUUUUGACUUUUUUAACUGAGUCUGGACACAGAGAAAAGAAAUGCCUUUUAUUUUAUAAUCAAAUUCUCCAUUAAAGUGAGAUAUUUAAUUCAA